AUGGCGAGUCAGUCGAACAGAGAUGUUAGUUUACCAGUGGCAAGUGAUUUAUCUGGUAAACUGAUCAUAAAGGCCAAGUUGGGUGACGAUAUUAGGUGCAUUCCCAUACACAAUGAAGAUAUAACCUACGAUGAGUUGAUGCUUAUGAUGCAAAGAGUUUUUAGGAAUCGUCUGACCAAUAGCGAUGACAUAACCAUUAAAUAUUCAGAUGAAGAUGGAGAUCUCAUCACAAUGUUUGAUAGUUCAGAUCUUGCAUUUGCCCUAUUUUCCAGUAAAAUUUUGAAGAUAACAAUUUUUGGUAUGUUUGCUUAUCAAUUUUUUGAACUAUUUUAA